AUGACAUCUCAAGUUAAACCACGCUCGGAAAUGACAGCCGAAGAGCUCGCCGCCAAGGAGGAUGAGGAGUUCAACGUUGGACCACUCUCCAUUCUCACCAAUUCGGUCAAGAACAACCAUCAAGUACUCAUCAACUGCAGAAACAAUAAGAAGCUUCUCGGCAGAGUUAAAGCAUUUGACAGACACUGCAAUAUGGUUCUCGAAAAUGUCAAGGAAAUGUGGACAGAAGUCCCAAAAACCGGAAAAGGAAAGAAGAAGGCCAAGUCUGUGGCCAAGGACCGCUUCAUCUCAAAGAUGUUCCUCCGCGGAGACUCCGUUAUCCUCGUCGUCAAGAAUCCAUUGGCACAGUCUGAUUAA